UCAGCCCAACAGCCGCCGAUCGCCUCCCACCUCCGGAGCUCCGACUCCGUGGCCAUAUUUUGGUCCACGAAAGAUGUUCUCAGUUUAGCAUUUGUUCCAAGGUUUAUACCAGACGACGAAGCAGAAAUUCCUCAAUCGAUUCUAAUCGCUCUUGUAAGAGAAACUAUUGAAGAGAAGAUGCAAUGGGAGGUUCAAGGGCACCAAAGUUAUCUGGUAUUCAGAAGCAAGUUCUUUCCCUAUACAGAUGUUUUCUCAGAACAACACGUUCUAAACCACAGGAAAACCGGGCCCACAUGGAAUCGAUUAUAUCAGGUGAAUUUCGUAAGAAUUCAAAACUUAUAGAUCGCAAAGAUUUCCUACAUAUUGAGUACUUGCUUCGUAGGGGUAAAAAGCAACUUGAUCAGCUUAAAACUGUUGAUUCUGUUACCUUAUCUUCAUCUAAUCUAGACUCUACAAAAUCAUAAUCACUUCUACCUCUUCUUUGUAUCUGAAAUAAAUUUAAAGAAAAGAUAGCAUACAGUUAUGUUUCUGAUUGGUUUAAGCUGGAUUUUGUAUUGAAUGAGUAUGUAUAAGACAUGGGUUCAUGUGUUACAUUGAGUUUAGAGCUUAUUAUGAGGUUUUAACAUUUAUCAGUUAUCAAACUAGUUAAUUUUGGUUUAAGGGUGUAACUGUUAUUCAAAUGUAUUUGAGGCUUCUUAUUCCUCCUUCA